AUACUGAAGGUCGACUUCUUCCGGGAUUGCCUGAUGACAUCGCCAUGUUGUGUCUCGCAAUGGUUCCCAGGGGCUACUGGGGUGUCCUGAAAUGUGUGUCCAAAUCCUGGAGAGGCACACUCAGCUCAGAAGAUAUAUGCACUCUCAGAAGACUAAUGAAAAGAACAGAAAGUUGGCUAUAUGUGCUAGCGCAUGGUGCGGGUCCCACUCUUCAAGCCUACUCCCCAGUGCUUGAUCGGUGGUUCAAGUUCCCCUGGAAAGCUAACCUUGCACCAGGCAGUAUGUUGACGUGUGUGAUGGCGAAGGUCAACAAGUGUACAAUAUUGCGAGUGCUCAUUUGA